CUUUAUAUAAAGGCAUACAGCAGCAUGCAAUCUCUUGCCUCAUUAUAGUCACAGAAUUUCAAAGAGUUUUAGUGUCCAUAUUAUGUGUAGCUUGGAAAUAUUAUAUCAUCAAAAACUUUGUUUGAUUGCUUUUACUUGUUUUUUAUGACACACACCAACCAAGCCGCUGCAGACGCGGUAAUUCCGGCGUGAACGGAGAACAGGGGCGGAUUAAUCCAAGCAGCCAACAGGUCACAGGGGUGCUUGCUGUAUAGAAAUGGCCGGUGUGCCGAAAAAUAGUCCACAACAAUGUAAUACAGCAGCACUAGGAGCAAAAAGAGUCACAGAGCAAAAAAGGCGUCAGAUGGAUGAAGAUAGAAGAUGCCGUCUGGAUGAAGACUUCUGUCGGCUUGGAUGAAGACUUCUGCCACUUCGUUGAGGACUUCUGCCGGCUUCGUUGAGGAUGGAUGUCGGAUCUUCAAAAACUGGGAGUCGUGUUUGGCUUGUGGAUAAAGGUAAUUUGCUUCCUGGAACGGUCACUUCCUGCACCGAUGGCGAAGUUCUAUUUAACAGUGACUAUGGACAGGCUUUCACAUAUCCCAGGUUGUCUCUCUCACGGGACGCUGUCCUUCCCAUGCAUCAGAGCAGCAGAGAUGGAGUGGAAGAUAUGUCACUGCUGUCGGAUCUUCAUGAAGCGGCCAUAAUGCUGAACCUGUGUCUGCGUUUCCAGCAGGACAAGAUAUACACCAACAUUGGUUCUAUUCUGGCCUCUGUUAACCCCUACAAGCCCAUUGCAGGUCUGUAUGAUGAGGAGACUAUAGACCUGUACAGCCGCCAUCACUUGGGAGAGCUGCCCCCUCACAUAUUUGCCAUUGCAAAUGAAUGUUAUCGCUGCCUAUGGAAGAGGCAUGAUAGUCAGUGUGUACUCAUCAGUGGAGAGAGUGGGGCUGGAAAGACGGAGAGUACCAAGCUGCUGCUGAAAUUCCUGUCCUCUAUGAGUCAGAGUUCAUUGGGAGGUGGAGGGAAACAGACACAUGUGGAGGAGGCUAUCAUGGGGAGCAGUCCAAUACUUGAAGCUUUUGGAAAUGCCAAGACUGUGUAUAACAACAACUCCAGUCGCUUUGGGAAAUUCAUCCAACUUCACUUCUCGCAGCAGGGACACAUACAGGGAGGCAGAGUGGUGGACUAUUUGCUGGAGAAGACUCGGGUAACUCGCCAGAGCCCAGGAGAGAGGAAUUAUCACAUAUUCUAUGCCCUCCUUGCUGGGACCAGUGAUGAAGAACGAGAUACUCUCUUGCUCUCAGAUCCCCAUACGUACAAGUAUCUCAGUACCUCUGGGUGUGUAACAACUGAAGGACUAAAUGACCAGGAUAUGUAUGAGAAAGUUAUGACAGCAAUGCAGGUUAUGGAUUUCAGUGGUGAAGAGAUUCGGGAGGUGUGGAAGCUCCUGUCUGGGAUCCUGCAGCUAGGAAACCUUGAGUUCAUGACCGCAGGUGGUGCUCAGAUUACAACCAAAGCAGUUCUUGGAAAUGCAGCUGACUUACUUGGAUUGGAUUCAUUCCAACUUUCUGAGGUUCUUACCCAAAGGUCCAUGAUUUUACGGGGAGAAGAAAUCAGUUCCCCUCUCACUGUGGAGCAGGCUACGGACUCCCGGGAUUCCCUGUCCAUGGCUCUAUAUGCCCAGUGCUUCUCAUGGCUCAUUGGGAAAAUUAAUGGUCGUAUCCGGGGGAAAGAAAACUUCAAGUCUAUAGGAAUUUUAGACAUAUUUGGCUUUGAGAAUUUCCAGGUCAAUAGGUUCGAGCAGUUUAACAUUAACUACGCCAAUGAAAAGCUGCAGGAAUACUUCAACAAGCACAUAUUUUCCUUGGAACAGCUGGAAUACAACAGGGAAGGAAUCCAUUGGGAAGCCAUUGGUUGGAUGGACAAUGCAGAGUGCUUGGAUCUAGUAGAGAAGAAAUUAGGACUGUUGGCUUUAAUCAAUGAAGAAAGCCGUUUUCCUAAAGGCACCGACUUCACCCUUCUAGAAAAGCUCCAUAACCAACACGCGAAUAACCCACAUUAUGUAAAGCCUCGAGUGACUGAGCAUCAGUUUGGAAUUAAACACUAUGCGGGAGAGGUCACAUAUGAUGUGCAAGGAUUUCUGGAGAAGAACAGAGACACAUUCCGCGUUGACAUCCUAAACAUGUUAUGGGACAGCAGAAUUGAUUUUAUCUACGAUUUGUUUGAAAAAGUCUCCAGCAGAAGUGGUGAGGAGACACUGAAAAUGGGAACCCAGAAGAAAAAACCAACAGUCAGCUCACAGUUUAGGGAAUCUCUUCAUUCCCUUAUGGCCAUGCUCAGUACUUCUAAUCCCUUCUUCAUCCGUUGCAUAAAACCGAACACUGAAAAACUCUCAAAUACAUUUAACCCAGAUGUAGUUCUGAACCAGCUGCGCUACUCAGGAAUGCUGGAGACUGUAAAGAUUCGGAGAGCUGGAUAUCCAGUGCGCAGACAGUACCAGGAUUUUGUAAGCAGGUACAAGAUGCUUUUUAAGAAGAUCCAAUUAGCAGGUGACGUGCGCAGCACAUGCGCCUCUUUCCUCCAGUCCUACUGUGGCCCCACAAAGGAAUGGCAGCUGGGUAAAACCAAGGUCUUCCUGAAAGAAGUUCUGGAGCAGAGACUGGAAAAGAGUCGUGAGGAAGAGCUGAGAAGAGCAGCAUUGCUGAUCAGAGCUCAUAUACAGGGAUAUAUAACCAGGAAACAUUAUAAACAAGUGCGGCUCGGUGCGAUCACUAUUCAGAAGAAUUACCGGGCACAUUUCUGGCGUGCUGCCUUCCUGCGCCUCCGCAAAUCUGCUCUCCAGUUCCAGAAGCACUGGCGGGGAAGAACUGCCAGACGUAUAUAUCAGCAGAUGCUGGAGGAAGAGCGGAAACGUCGGGAAGAUGAAGAGCGAAAAAGAAGAGAGGAAGAGGAGAGGAAAAGGCAGGAAUUGGAGGAGCAGAGAAGGAUAGAGGAAGAACGAAAAAGAAGAGAAGAUGAAGAGAGAAGAGAACAGGAGAGAUUGGAAGCUGAGUUACGUGCUGCCCAGGAAGAACAAGAAAAGGCAAAGAACGUAGAAAACAUCUUGCUUCAGGAGGAAGAAAGACGCCAGAUGGAGGAGAUUCUUCGACUGGAAAGGGAAAUUGAGAAGCUUCAUCAGCAGCAAAAACUGGAUGGCAUCUCUAUUUCUUGCACUGACACACGCAAUGAAGUAACUCGCCAGAGAGAGCAACAAAUUCAUAAACUGGAGAAGGAGGCAUCUCGCGUGGCUCAGGAAUUCCUAGAGCUGCUGGACUUUGGAAAUUUGGAUGACAGCAACCAGAGUUUGGAGAAUGGAAUUGACAGAACUUUAAAUGUAGAGGGCAGUCUGGUGGCUCCAUUAGCUGAGGAGGAGGAUGAAGGAUUUCAUGCAGAUGAUGAAGUGUUACCUCCUCCACCCCCUAUGCUUUUGGAGGAUGAUGAUGAUGAAAUGGGAAACACUGAGAGCAUCUCAGAAGAUGAUCUGUAUGCAAAAAUCCCAUCUAACCUACCUGCUGAUCAAAAUAGCCAUGGUGAUAACCCAGUUUUUACUUUGGACCAUGAGUCUGUUCAGGAUGGUUAUAGUGCUUUUUCUGAUAAAUCUGAAAGCAUUUAUCAGUGUGUCUCGGAUACACUGAGCAACAGUGAUGAGCUCCAGGAACCAAUUUACAACUACCCUCCUGAUGUGGAAUCUGAUUAUGACCAUGAGGAAUUUGAUGAGGCUCCACCUGGUUCCACUGAUGCUAGGAACUCAAGUGAUGGUCACUUGACGGACGAGGAAACCUUACGGAUUUCCAAACCUGGCAGCUUUGGAUCUCUUUCUGGAAGUUUGGAUUCAUUUUUGGAUAGUGAUGAAGAAGCAGAUAGCCACAUUGAUACAGAUGAAGAAUUUACUACUGGGCGCAUAACAUUAUUUAAUAGAGGAGGCCCACCUUAUUUCCACAGUUACCUCUACAUGAAAGCUGGAGGUCUGAUGAACCUCUGGAGAAGGCGUUGGUGUGUGUUGAAGGAUGAGACCUUCAUGUGGUUUCGUACCAAGCAGGAAGCUUUGAAGUCUGGUUGGUUGUACAAAAAGGGUGGUGGAAUGUCCACACUUUCCCGGCGCAACUGGAAACGGCGCUGGUUCGUAUUGCGAGAGUCAAAGCUCAUGUACUUUGAGAAUGACAGUGAAGAGAGGCUGAGAGGGACUAUCAAUGUCAGGACAGCCAAGGCGAUUAUAGAUAUACACGAGAAGGAAAAUGCCCUAGAUAUAGUUACUGAAGAAAGAACCUACCACAUUGUGGCAGAGACUCCAGAGGAGGCAAGCGGUUGGUUCAAUGUCCUCAGCAGAGUUCACAGCGCAACAUCCCAACAGCUGCGUGAUAUGAGGGAUGAACAGGCUAACCCAAAGAAUGCUGUGGGAACGCUGGAUGUAGGGCUCAUUGACUCCGUGUGUGCUUCUGAUUGUCCUGACAGGCCAAAUUCCUUUGUGAUAAUUACGGCCAAUCGUGUGAUUCACUGCAACACGGACAUAGCAGAGGAAAUGCACCACUGGAUCUCUCUAUUGCAGAAACCUCGAGGGGAGGCCAAGGUUGAUGGACAGGAGUUCCUAGUGAGAGGUUGGCUUCAUAAAGAGGUUCAAAGCAGCACUAAGAUGGCUUCUUUGAAGCUGAAGAGGCGAUGGUUCGUAUUGACUCGCAAUGCUCUGGAUUAUUACAAAUCAUCUGAACGUGUGGCUGCCAAGCUUGGCACACUUGUUCUCAACAGUCUCUGCUCUGUGGUACAGCCGGAUGAGAAAACCCAUGCAGAAACAGGUUACUGGAACAUUGUGGUCUAUGGCCGAAAACAUUCAUAUAGACUCUAUACUAAACUGCUAAAUGAAGCUAUGAGGUGGGCCAAUGCAAUCCAAGGUGUAAUUGAUAGCAAGGCUCCAAUUCAGACUCCCACACAGCAGUUAAUCCGGGAUAUCAAGGAAAAUAGUCUGAACAGUGAAGCUGUUGAGCAGACCUACAAAAGAAACCCCAUCCUGAGAUAUACCCAGCAUGCUCUGCAUUCACCCCUACUGCCCUUACCUUAUGGAGACGUCAACCUCAAUUUACAAAAGGAGAAGGGUUAUACAACUCUGCAAGAUGAGGCUGUGCGGAUCUUUAACUCUCUUCAGGAGAUUGAGACUGUUCCUGACCCUGUUCCUAUAAUCCAGGGCAUCCUGCAGACCUGUCAAGAUCUGAAGCCGCUGCGUGAUGAGGUGUACUGUCAACUCAUCAAACAGACAAAUAAUGUCCCCCAACCGAACAGUGCUGGCAACCUGCGUCACUGGCAACUUCUUGCCUGUAUGAGUUGCACCUUCUUGCCUGGAAGGGAGAUUUUGCGAUAUCUCAAGUUCCAUCUCAAACGGGUAAGAGACUGUUUCCCUGGAUCUGAGAUUGAGCAGUUUGCACACUUUAUUGCUGAUGCGCUGAAGAAAACUAAAAGCAGAGAACUAGUUCCGUCACAAGAGGAGAUCUCUGCUCUGCUCACACGCAGCAAUAUGACUACAACUGUAUACUGCCAUGGAGGGGGAUCCUGCCAGAUUAGCAUCAACUCUCACACCACAGCUGGAGAGGUGGUGGAAAAACUCAUUCGUGGUCUCUCUAUGGAUGACAGUCGCAACAUGUUCGCCCUUUUCGAACACAAUAAGCAAACAGACAAAGCAGUGGAGAGCCGUGUGAUUGUGGCUGAUGUCCUAGCAAAGUUUGAGAGACUUGGUGGUACAGAGGAUGAAGAUGAUGAUUCUGCUCAAUGGAACCUGUAUUUUAAACUCUAUUGUUUCCUAGAUGUGCAGAGCGUUUCUAGGGAUGGUGUUGAGUUUGCUUUCAUGUUUGAGCAGGCUCAUGAAACUCUCACAAGUGGUCACUUUCCAGCACCAGAAGAGACAUUACAGCACUUGGCUGCUUUGCGGCUACAGUAUUUGCAUGGAGACUUCUCUAAAGUCUUAUGGUCUUUAGAGAUGGUGUAUCCUGUACAGAGGUUGAAAACAAAAAUCCUUCAGGCCACUAAAAGCAGCAGUACAUCUGGACAAACGCUCGAGAGGAGGCGCACUAGCUUUCUGGAGGGUACCCUAAAAAGGGGCUUUAAGGUGGGGUCAAUGAAAAAACAGAAAAUGGAGGAAGAGCAGAUGCUGGAGAUGUGGGUGAAAGAGGAACUCUCUGCUGCACGCACCAGCAUCGCUGAGAAAUGGAGCCGACUGCAGGGGAUGUCCCAGCACCAAGCAAUGGUCACGUACAUGGCUGUUGUCAGUGAGUGGCCUGGAUACGGAUCUACACUCUUUGAUGUGGAGUAUAAAGAAGGAGGUUUCCCCAAUGACUUAUGGCUUGGAGUAAGCGCAGAGAAUGUUUCUGUGUACAAAAGAGGAGAUCCGAAGCCACUGGAAACAUUUCAGUAUGAGCACAUUAUUUUCUUUGGAGCGCCUCAACCCAACACAUUCAAAAUCACAGUAGAUGAUCGGGAAAUGUUCUUCGAAACAACUGAGGUGGGAGAAAUCACAAAGAUCAUGAGGGCAUACAUUAACAUGAUUGUAAAGAAGCGCUGCAGUGUUAAGUCCGUUGUCAGUCAAGACAGUCACUUCAGUACCAUGACCAGGUGACCAGGAACUAUCUGUAAGAAAACAUUGGAGCUGCAUCCUGCUUUUUCAUCACCCAACGAACAAAAUGUUUUUAAAUGACUGUUGCCUGGAUCUCAUACACCGUGACCGAACAGAAGGAAACAUUAAAAAAUGUUUACAUCACAAAAUUAGAAUUAAUUUAUCCAUACAACAGUUUUGGAUCCAUACUAUAAAACAGGGUUGUUGUUUUUGUUUUUCUCCAAACCAGGAAGAUAAAUUGUUGAGGAACAAAUCCUAUUUUUUAUUUACAGCCUCUGGAAACUGUUUUUUUGUAGCUAUACAUGUGUAAACCACACGGAAAAAUAAAAUAUUGCUGCUGCGCAUUUAGGCAACAUGCGAAGGAAAUACAGCAGACUUUAUGGUGCAGAGACACAAGCUGUGCAGCACAUAGGCUGCUUUAAAAGGUACUUUUUAGUAGCACUAUGGAACAGCCAUGGCACGUAUUUAUUUCAUGGGCACGUGGCUUUUAUUCUUGGUGUCUUCCUGCUGAAGUGGUUACAUUAUUUAACUAAGACUUUGGUCUCUAAUCUUAUUACUUCGUCUCAGGGCUUUUAAAGUUUGCCGGAAAUCCAUUUCACGACUACUUUUGCAUGAUAAAUAUUUAUUGGAGACAUUGUGUGUCUAAGGCCUCUGUAUCCCUGUCUCAGCUGUAUUAUGUUGAUCAUGGUAUUCUGAAGUCUCACUUUGUUUUUUUUUUCUAGCUGAAUUUACCAGAUAAUUGUAUUCUGUUCCAUUUGCACUCUUUAAGUAGCCUGUCCAAUGCAAAUUGUCACCUUCAUUCUGUUUGUUUUAUGUAUUAAGCAAAAGUAUUAUCAUUUCAGUUAUGCAUACAGUUAUAUAUACCACUAAUUAUGUUUUUGUAUCUCUUGUAUAAAGCACACAGAGCUGUCACUUUCUAAUUUAGGUUAAAACACAGAAGUCCCUCCAUGACACUGCAGUUCUGCAUUCUUAUACUAAUCCUUCAUAUGGAAACUUUUUGACACAAUCUGAUAUUCUAGAACAAGACGUUUAAUGCAAAUGGGGCGUGUACAACAAGUUUAAUAUAUUUUCAUCUAAAAUGCUAAAUAGACAUUUCUCUCAUAAGUCUUAUAGUCACAGUCCAUUAUAGGCCCUUCACAGUGCUACCUGUAUUUGUCAUUGGCUAAUCAUUUUUGGAAGUUAUUAUUUUUUUUUGUAUUCAAACUAUAAUGCCUACAUUGGGUAGCAUUAUAUUUUUUCCUUCAAUUCUACAAAGCCCUUAAAGGGAUAGAAAGGUCAAAACUAAAAUGUGCACUGGUUCAUUUAAAUAUAAAAUAGAAGCAUUUUUUAAUAUACUUCCAUUAGCAAUAAUGCUUCUAGUAAAAAAUGCUACUGUUUUUCUGGGCAUAUGCACAUAUCCUGUGAGGUCCCGUGCACCAGUAUGCAAACACCUCGCCUUUUCAGAGAUUCAAUGGUGACUUGUAUGACACACAUUAUGUCUUCACAGAAGCAAUACACACUAUAUUCAGCUCUCUGAGCUUGAAUACUGGUUCACAGGCCCUCACAGGAUAAGUGUUUAUGCCGCAGAAAAACUAAUAACUUUAAAUAGAAGUAUAUUGCAAAAAUGCUUUGAUUUCAAAUUUAAAUACAUUUAUGAACAUUUUAAUUUUGGCAUAUUAGUAUGGGUGUUACAAUAUUGUUAUGCUGUAACACAAACUUGUGCUUUGCUGGAGGAGUUUGUAGCUACAAUGUUCUAUAUUAGAAAUUUUCCCAGCAUUCUGAAUGGGGUUGAAUUGCAUUGAUCACUCUUAAGACAAUCGAUGUAUUUACAAUGAUCUCCAUCAUGGAAAUCACCACUCUCUUCCUGAGAGUAUUACAUUAUUCUCACCAGCAACCUCUGCUACUGUACACGUAUAUGCCUCUAGGCAAGCAUAUGCAUUAAUGCCUGCCUGUAGCCUUAAUGCCCCUUCAUCAUAGCAGCCAUACCCAUCAUAGAAGUCCUGUGCAUAGUGUUAGAUCCUUGUCUACCUCUGUAGCCCUUAUUCAUGCUUAUACUGUGCUCCUGGGCUGCUGCAGGCAGUGGGCUCUCAGGACUGAAUGUAUUAUUGCUUUUAUUUUAAUUUUAUGCUAGUUGUUGGUAUUGACUGUUACUGUAUUUACAGUAUAUUGCUAAUAAAUUAUUGAAUUACAACA